GCGGGAGAGCGACCUGCGAGGAGGACUGAGGAUCAGCGGGAGUGGACUGUUAAGAUUUCGGUGAGAGACUGACCGGGCAAAAGCUUUACUGGGACGUUACCUGGUCCUCAAUUCCGUUCUAUUCCAUUCUAUUCCAUUCUACUCCUGAAGAGGAGACACACAGAGUUAACAGAGAGUGAGCGACGUGAACUGAGACUCUGAGACAGCCAGAGAGAGAGAGAUAAAGAGAGAGAGAGAGAGAGAGAGAGAGAGAGAGAGAGAGAGGGGAGGGGAGGAGUGGAAACCCCAAAAAUCCGUUAUUGGAAAGGUUUGACGUUCUCCAACAAGACGGGAAAGAUACUGCUGUGGAUUUUAAGAGUAUUUUAAUAACCCCCAAAACCCACUGGAUUUUUUUAAAACAUGGAAUAACUGGACUUAUACACCCCGUUUACCUGGGAUAUAUCUUGUCUUGUAGUGGAAUUUUUCCCUUCUCACCUGCACGAGGUGAAAGAAGGAGGAGAAGGUGGAAAGAAGAGGCGAGGAGAAAGAAAAGAAUAAAGAAGCAGGAGAGUGGAGAGGAGGAGGUGGGGGCAGACGGUAGCGGGCCGGCGAAUCGUAGCUUCCUCUCGGAUGGGAUUCUUCUCUCAACCCGCGGAUGGAGGGAUGAAACCGGGAGAGAAGAAGCCGGAGGAGAGCGAGAAAGAGAGAGGAGGGCGAAAGAGAGGAGGAUGUGGUCGUCGGGCGCUGUGAGAAUACAAAACGGACGCACCCCUCUGGAAGACUGGAUUGAACUAUAAGGACCCAAACGGAAUUUACAGCCAGCCGAAAGGAUUUUACGCACAUUUACCUCGACGCGCACAUAUAUGGGGCGCGUUCUCUUAUCCGGAACCUAUUUGUGUGGAGUUACAACUAUAAUCACCGAUGUCUUUGUAACGAUGGGAUUCGGAGAGGUAAUUGCGCCCUGACACUCGGCGAACCAAGGAAACGCAUCCGGAAAAGAGCGGCUCAUCAGUCAGUAUGCGUGAGUCCUCCCUGGCUGCAGACUAUGAGUGCACAACUGUCAACGCAUGACUUGUGAGUAAAAACCCAGCGAAAUAUUUUGGUCCUGCACCACUGUCCAUGAUGCUGUAGCUGCGGUAACAUGUGAAUCCUGAAGCAGAGUGUGUAAACUGCUUUUACAUCUCUGAAGGUGUUGUGAGCAGGUGGGGCUGGUAACCAUGGAGAGGCUGUUGUUGUGCGUGAUGCUGGCUGUUGCAAUGGCAGUGAGGGCACAGAUCUGCCCGAAGCGCUGCGUAUGUCAGAUCCUGUCACCCAACCUGGCAACCCUCUGUGCCAAGAAAGGUCUACUGUUUGUGCCGCCCAACAUUGACAGGCAUACGGUGGAGCUACGGCUGGCUGACAACUUUGUCACAAGCGUGAAAAGGAAAGAUUUUGCAAAUAUGACACGGCUGGUUGACCUAACAUUAUCCCGAAACACCAUCUCCUACAUCACACCUCAUGCCUUUGCUGAUCUGGAAAACCUCAGAGCCCUGCACCUCAACAGUAACCGGCUGACGAGGAUAGCCAAUGAUACAUUCAGUGGGAUGUCGAAACUUCAUCACUUGAUUCUAAACAACAACCAGUUGAUGUUGAUCCACCAGGGAGCAUUCAACGACCUGCUGGCCCUGGAGGAGCUGGACCUCAGUUACAAUAAUCUGGACUCUAUUCCAUGGGAGGCUAUCCAGAAAAUGGUCAGCCUUCACACACUGAGUUUAGACCACAACAUGUUGGACUUCAUUCCGGAGGGAACUUUUUCCCUCCUACAGAAACUCAACCGGCUGGAUGUCACCUCCAAUAAGCUCCAAAAGCUACCACCAGACCCACUUUUUCAACGAGCGCAGGUCCUAGCAACGUCAGGGGUUAUGACAUCCACUUCCUUUGCGUUGUCAUUUGGUGGCAACCCACUCCACUGCAACUGUGAGUUACUCUGGCUGCGACGGCUGAACAGGGAAGACGACUUGGAGACAUGUGCCACACCCCAGCACCUCUCUGGACGAUACUUCUGGUCCAUCCCCGAGGAGGAAUUCCUCUGUGAGCCUCCACUCAUCACCAGAUACUCACAUGAGAUGAGGGUCCUCGAAGGGCAGAGAGUCGCGCUCAGGUGUAAGGCAAGAGGUGACCCAGAGCCAGCCAUUCACUGGAUUUCCCCUGAGGGUAAACUGGUGUCUAACUCCUCCAGAACACUGGUCUACACCAAUGGGACUCUGGACAUCCUAAUCAGCACCGUGAAAGACACCGGCUCUUUCACCUGCAUCUCCUCCAACCCCGCCGGAGAGGCUCACCAGACGGUAGACCUGCUUAUUAUUAAACUCCCCCACAUCUCCAACAACACCAACAACAUCCAAGAGCCUGAUCCGGGAUCGUCCGACAUCUCCACCUCAACCCGGGGUGGUGCAAACGGGAGCAACGUGACAGGCGACGUGAAGGGUGGGGUGGAUAAGAGGGUGGUGACAGCUGAGGCCACGUCGUCAACCGCACUGAUCAAGUUCAACUUCCAGAGGAAUAUACCGGGAAUUAGGAUGUUCCAGAUACAGUACAACGGAAGCCAGGACGACUCGCUGGUCUACAGGAUGAUUCCCCCAUCAAGCAAGAACUUCCUGGUCAAUAACCUGGCAGCGGGGACCCAGUACGACCUCUGCGUGCUGGCCAUCUACGACGAUGUCAUCACCUCUCUGACGGCGACGCGAGUGGUCGGCUGCGUGCAGUUCACCACCGAGUCGGAGUACAUGAGGUGUCAUUUCAUGCAGUCUCAGUUCCUCGGCGGGACUAUGAUCAUCAUCAUCGGGGGGAUAAUAGUGGCCUCGGUGCUCGUUUUCAUUAUCAUCCUGAUGAUACGGUACAAGGUGUGCAACCCUGGUGAGGGCAGCAAAGGCGUUUCAUUGUCAAUGACCAACGUUCACUCACAGACCAAUGGGCAGCAGUCGCAGGGAUGCACCGUGACUCCCAGCUCCUCGAAACAUGGCGGAGUCGGAUUAGACGACCUCUCGGGGGGCUCAAAGAAGAGGAGCGGAGCAGCAGCAGCGGCAGGAGCAGGAGGAGGAGGAGGAGGAUUUGAGGGUAAGGAUACUGUGACUCAGUCGUCUGAGUCGUCCCUGCCUGACUGCUCCACAGCCACAUCUGUUCUCAGCCAGCCGUGGACAGCCAGGAGCCCUGGAGCUGAGGACUGGGAGAAAGUAGGGGAGGUUCAGGCCUGCAUUUCGUCACCCACCGCCACCACGGGUACCCUACCCAAGCCAAAGCGGAAGCCUGCUCCCAGUAAACCUGGCUCAGCUUGCUCCAACGCCUCGCCGAUGCCCGAGACCCUGCCCCCGGCGUCCUCCCCUCGACCCCCUUCCUCCUCCUCCUCCUCCACCACGACCACCACCUCGGCCCUCCUCCUCUCCACCUCCCCCGGCACCUUGGAAAACUUAAACACCAACCGCAACAACUCGACCUCCCUCAACCAGACCCCGCCUCCACCCUUCUUCCCCUCGCCUUUCUCCAGCCCGCUCGCCACCCCAAGCCCGGUGCCCUCCACGCGGUUCAGAGAGACGCCCAUCCUGCGCCGGGCACCUCGCACCACCGUCUCCUCCUCCUCCACAAAGUACCAGACUCUUCCCGUGGAGGAGGGAGGGAGGAGCAGGGCGAGGAGGAGGUACUCGCUCAGCGAAGGAGGCUCAAAGACUCACUCGUCCCGCCAGGGAGGAGGAGCGGCACCUAAACUCGGACGCAUACUGCGCAACAAAAGGAGCGUGUCGAUGAGCGGCAUGCUGCUCACGAAAGACGGGGACGGAGACUCGGACCAAGGCCGGUGCGAUUCUGACUGGAUCUUAGAAAGCACUGUUUGAGAUGGAAAGAGGCAACGACCAUGAAAUAAACUUUGGUUUGUUCAUUAUUGUCGAUCAUUGGUGUGAGUGUAUGUCUGCGGUGUGGGUGCUAGUUUGGAUUUGUUUAGAGACGUACGAAUGGAGGUAAAAGCGUGUUGGAAACAGUGUUUGUUGCUGUUUAGAGUACACGUUUUCACGUUUGAAUUUUGUUCAUAGGCGUGCGAAAGGACGGCCGGGUGUUUCUUGACGUGUGGGUGUUCAGGUUUUGUUUUUUUAUUGUUCUUUUCGUAAACAUUUCUCCACAGUUCUUUGUUUUCAGUUUACAGUUUGUUUUUUCACUUCAGCAGUUUCCAUUUUUGCAGUCGGUCAUUUAUGGAGUGGAUAACUUGCCUUGUCUCGUAGUUGUCCUCGAGUUAUCCCGUUGGUUCCACUUUAUAGCACAAAAAGAAAAAAACAAGACAACGGGCUCGCCACGUCAUUGCCGGAUAUAUGGCACUCACCGUAUCUGAAAAUACCACGACAAAAAGUGAAGUAAAACGGGGUGGGGGGGACAGGAAUAAACAAUGCAAGAACGAGAAAAGCACACCAUUCUUAAGGUCCACACGCUCACAGAGAGUGCGCAUCCGCUCCGUGGCAAGAGAACAGCAGUGGGUGCCUUCUUUUGCACUAACAGACUCUCACUUACAGAUAACACAACAGGAUUUCGGACCACCACGGCUCCGUGUACGAGGGAUUAGGUCGAAGAGGGGACGAACACAAGGGAGAGAGCGAGAGAUUUCACACAUAGCCUUUCUUACUUACUGCGGAAUACAGACCUUUUCUUGACAUAUAGAGACAGAAAAAGCAACAAGCAGAAGACUUUGAUGGACCUCUUAUGAAAUUGUUAUUUUUUAAA